AUGGCUGCUAAAAGUUUUGCUUCCCGUCUCGGAGGGUCCCGGCGCUUUUUGAGAGGCUUCGUGGCCGGAGCUGUCGCGGGCGCUGCAAGCACUGGCCUCGUGGUGGUGCAGUUCCUCCGGAGUCGGGACGCGGAGCCUGCGGUGGUGGUGAGGGAGCCGGACGGUUCUUCGGAAAGGGCUGUCUUGGAACAAUUUGGAUUCCCUUUAACUGGAACAGAGACGAGGUGUUACACUAACCAUGCCUUGUCUUAUGAUCAAUCAAAGCGGGUGCCUAGAUGGGUUCUUGAACACAUAUCCAAGAGCAAGAUAAUGGGUGAUGCAGACAGAAAACAUUGUAAAUUCAAGCCGGAUCCCAGCAUCCCUCCAGCCUUCAGUGCCUUCAACGAGGACUAUGUUGGCAGUGGGUGGUCCCGAGGCCACAUGGCUCCAGCAGGAGAUAACAAAUUCUCAACUAAAGCCAUGGCUGAAACCUUUUACCUCUCUAAUAUUGUGCCUCAGAAUUUUGAUAAUAAUGCUGGAUAUUGGAACAGAAUAGAAAUGUACUGUCGAGAACUGACAGAGAGGUUUGAGGAUGUUUGGAUCGUGUCUGGACCCCUGACCUUACCUCAGACUGGAAGUGAUGGAAAGAAAACAGUUAGUUACCAGGUGAUCGGCGAGGACAACGUGGCAGUCCCCUCCCACCUGUUCAAGGUGAUCCUGGCACGCAGAAGUGCGGGGUCUGCUGAGCCCCUGGCCCUCGGGGCCUUCGUGGUGCCCAACAAGGCCAUUGGCUUCCAGCCCCAGUUAAGUGAGUUCCAGGUGAGCCUGCAGGACCUGGAGAAGCUGUCGGGACUGGUGUUUUUCCCGCAGCUGGAUAGAGCCAGUGGCGUCAGGAACAUCUGCUCGGUGGACACCUGUAAGCUCCUGGACUUGCGGGAGUUCACCCUGUACCUGAGCACAAGAAAGGUGGAGGGGGCCCGAUCGGUAGUCAGACUGGAAAAGGUCAUGGAAAAUCUUCGGGACGCAGGCAUUGAGCCCGACGAGUACUUCAUGACUCGCUACGAGAAGAAACUGGAAGAACUCCGAGCUCAGGAGCGGUCAGGCGUCCUGGGGGAGAAGCCCUCGUAG